GCCUGCCUGGAGCAGCUGUCGGAGCAGGCCUUUGACGACCAGUGCACCGGGGCCAACCCCCGCUACCCCCUCAUCAGGGACCUCCGCCAGAUCUACACCGACGCCUGGUCAACCCCCAUUGCUGACGUCAUUGGCGCCGCCAAGAAGGCCGGCUGCCCCAAGGAGGGCCUCGGGUUCGAGUCCCUGCACGACUGA